UUAGAUAAUAUAUCGCGAAGACUUUAUUGAAUGUUAUUACGUAAAAAUAAUGGAAAUUGACUAAGAUAGCAUGAUACGAAAAAGAAAGAAUCUCUUACAGAAAAAAUAGAACAUCCAGCAAUUUACUUUUGAUCGUAGAUCAGAUACAUUUUCGACAGUAUUCGAUACGACUGGAAUAUGUUAAAGAGUCAGGCCGAACUGAAAAUAAUACAACAAUAUGCAAGUAACUCGAGAUUGUACACAAUCCAAUUUUUCUUAAUAAGUUGUAUACCGAUCAUGCUUGAUAUAAUCGUACCGAUGGACGAAUCUCGGCCGCGUUCGUUUAUCUUUAUAAUGGAAUUUUUCGUCGAUCAAGAUACGUAUUUUUACGCUAUUUUAACGUAUAGCUUCUUAGUUAAUUAUGCCGGUUGCAUCACGAUCGUGGCCGUUGCAUCGAUUCUCAUUGCGUAUGUGUUGCAUGUCUGCGCUCUAUUCAAAAUUACUAGCUACCGCAUAGAACAAAUAUUCAAUAAGGACAUGUUGCAAAAGGACAUUAAGCAACGUAUACUUUACGAAAAAUUAAUCUGCGCCAUAUACAUUCACCGCAGAGCUACGGAUUUGAACAAUAUCUUGACGAGCAGUUUCGCGACCUUCUAUUUCAUAUUGUUAGGAUUUGGCGUGGCUGUGAUGAGCUUUUCCUUGUAUCAUUUACUCAAUGCGACGCUAGAUGAUCCAUUGGAAAUAUUGACAUCCUCUGUCUUUAUAUUGGGAUUAUAUUAUAUAUUUCUAGGCAAUUAUGUUGGUCAGAAUGUCAUAGAUACGAGUGUCGAAAUUCAUCAGAUCACGUGAGUAUCGUAUCAUAAUUAUUUUUAUCGUUAUAUCGUUACUAAUGCAGAAAACGUACACGAUUGUCGACAUACUCUUCGCAUACAUUUUUGGCGACUACAAUGCACCCGUUACAUCGUAAUACACAAUACAUAAAUAGUUGAGAAUAUUUACAUAUAAUAUCUUCUUAUCUCACUAAAUAUACAGAGUGUCUCAGACCUCCAUGAUGACCCUUUGUGAGAACGUAGAACGGAUUAAAGUGAGCAAGAA